CCUCCUACCCUUUCCCAUGUAGUGUGUUACGUUACGGGAACACCCUCGUUUUCAGUUGCUUUUUCCUGUUCAUUCUUCACGUUCCACAAACGCAAUGGCACCCAGCAAGAUUAUAAUAGACACGGAUCCGGGCGUCGACGAUGUACUCGCCAUGCUGCUUGCUUUCGCAGCGAAGCCGGAAGAGCUGGAGGUUUUGAUGCUGAGUUUGACGUUUGGAAAUGUCGAGGUGCAGAACUGUCUGAGGAACGUUGUCACGCUUUUCCACUAUAUCGAAAAGGAGAAGGCGUGGCGGAGGGAGAAUGGGAGACCUGAGGGGUUCGAGGGUUUGACAACAAGGAAACCGAUUGUGGCGGUCGGAGCGGAAGAGCCGCUUGCUGAGCAUAUGAUGGUUGCUGAUUUCUUUCAUGGCGUCGACGGCUUGGGGGGCAUACACCAUAGCCACCCUCACUUGUCGCCAGAAGAGACAUGGAAGUCCCUCUUCAAGCCUACACCAGAGCCUAUCAGUCCUGAAGAAGCCGCGGACUUGCAGAAGGUCAAGGAGACGCACUCGCUCUUUACGCCGUCGCUGAAGCCUGCUCAUGAGGUGAUUCUGCAGUUGCUACGAGACAACGAGCCGGACACUAUUACCAUCGUUGCCAUUGGUCCUCUGACUAACCUUGCGAUCGCUGCGGCUACGGAUCCCGAAGCUUUCCUAAGAGUCAAGGAGGUCGUGGUCAUGGGUGGUGCUGUGAACUGGCCCGGAAACAUGACCCCGGGCGCCGAAUUCAAUACCUACGCCGACUCCAUCGCCGCCGCCCGCGUCUACGCCCUGACCUCCCCCAACCCCAAAACAACCCUCCCUCCGGUGGUAGGCAAGAAGGCGCUACCACCAUACCCAGAGAACCUCUCGCGCCGGCUCACCGUCAAGCUCUUCCCGCUCGAUAUCACAGAGCAGCACCUCCUCCCGCGCACACUGUACAGCAAGUACAUCGAAGCGGACGCACUGAAGGGGAGCCCGCUGACGGAGUGGGCAAGCCUGUUUCUGCUGAGCACGUUCAGGAAGAUUGCGAGUUUGGAUAGCCACCUGGAUGCCGACACGAUUGGACUGCACUUGCAUGAUCCGCUAACGGUGUGGUAUGCGAUGGCGGCCGAGGAUGAGGGGUGGAAGUUUGUGACUGAGGAUCUGCGGGUUGAGACAUCCGGACAGUGGACGCGCGGCUGUUGCAUAGUUGAUCGCCGUGAGAGAGAGGUAAAGGAGGGAUUGACGGGAAGCUUGGACGAAGAGGUUGUUGGUGACGCGGGAGGAUGGAGAGAUGCUAGGAGGGGCAAUCGGAUCCAGAGGGCGGUGGAGAGUCCUGGAGCUGAGAAGUUUGCGGGGUUGUUGCUGGAGAGAGUCUUCGGCAAGGUUUGAAAGAAGGAGGCGCGAGGUAAUGAAAUAGAAUGAUAGAUUUGGAAGGCAUAGAGCAAAGGCGGGGAGUGGAAUGCGCAACGUACCACAGUAUAGAAGGCCAUGUAUAAAAACAGUGUGAGCGCUGG